AGCUGAUGAAGUUCAAUCUUUCAUUGUCUGGCAGAGUAGAAGCUGGAAGCUCCUUCCUUCUACCCCUUCCACCUUGUGAUGGAUUUUGAGGACCCUUCAAACUUAGGGGGCAGUUUUGAGAAUUCCCUGGGCUACAGGUUUUGGAAAUUAGUAGCUCUUCUAACCUUUAUAUUAUUUAAAUAUAAUAUUAUCAUUGGACUAAAAUGUUCCUGAUGCCAACCUCUUCUGAAUUGAACAAUGGACAGAACUUCUUAACCCAAUGGAUGACCAAUCCUUCUCGGGCUGGGGUCAUAUUAAAUCGUGGGUUUCCUCUUUUGGAAGGAGAUGAAGAGAAGCGAGCAAAUGUAAACAUUUCUACCAGUUUUCCUGUUAAAGCCACACAUUUUUCAAAUAGCUUCAGCCUUAUAAGUGAAGAAGAUUCACUACGUGAAGUACAGAAGUUGGAGUCUAACAGCCCUUAUAAACUACAAUCAGAUAAAUCUGAAACACAUAUAGUGUUUCCUUUAACUAAAGAAGGACCACAAAUAGUGGUAUGUCAAGAUGCUCCUGGAUACCGGGAAGACAACAAAAAUGACUUUAUCUCAGAUCUUUCCAGUGAAUGCAAAGAAGUAGCUUAUAAAGACCCACUUUUUAAAAAGCUUGAACAGUUGAAAGAAGUACAACAGAAGAAGCAGGAACAGCUGAAGAGGCAGCAGUUAGAGCAACUACAAAGACUCAUGGAAGAACAAGAGAAGCUGCUUACUAUGGUGUCUGGACAACACACACUGCCAGGUUUAACCCCACUGCCUGAUGAUCAGAGUGAGAAGUAUAGAUCUCCAGGAAAUUCAGCCACCAUAGAGAAAACCACACCCUUCUUACCAUCGUAUAUCUACCAGAAUCAAACCCUAGAGAAAACGCACACUUCCAGCAUUUUAUUUGAUGAACAAAACAACUUUUGUAGAACUACUCAUCCAGAUUUAGUCUCAACUUCAAAAAGUGGUGCUUCUCCCAAUUUGUUUGGUGAGGCACAAUAUCAAGAAACACUUGUGAAAAAAAGUGAUUUGAAGGAAGAAAACCAUAACCAUUCUUUAGGAGAAGGUGUUUUACCAUGUUGGGAAAAGGUGACUGAACCGAUUGAGGAAGGGAAUGAUGUGAAUGUAAAAAAAAUUGGUGAUUCUUCAGAAGUGGCUAAUACUGAAGAAAGACCUAUUAAAGCUGCUAUCAGAGAAAGGAAACAGACAUUUGAAGACUACUUAGAAGAACAAAUUCGGCUGGAAGAACAAGAACUGAAACGAAAGCAACUAAGGGAAGCCGAAGGAUCGUUCCUAAUCAAAGCAAAACCAAAACAACCAUUCUUGAAACGAGGAGAAGGUUUAGCUAGAUUUACUAAUGCUAAAUCUAAGUCUCAGAAAGGAAGAGAAAAUAAACUAGUGACUAAUCAGAGCACUCCAGAGGACCAACCUGUGUUUAAAAUGGAUAGACAACAAUUCCAGCGGAAAACUGCUCUUAUAAAUAAAGAACUGUGUACAGAGAACCCGCUUGUUAAAAAGAACAAUAAAGGUAGAGGCAAGAGUGAUUUCGUCACAGUCAGCCAGAAGCCUAAAGUGCUUAAGAGUAGUAACAGGAAAAGUCUUCCUCCAACAGGAUUGAAAAUACCUGGAGGGAAGAAAUAUGAUGGGCAAUUUAGAGAUCAGAUAAAAUUAGAAAAAAAAGUUGAGUCUAAUAAUAGAGAAAAUGUACCUGAGUGUGCAAAACUUUGUGAUACUGGUUGCAAAGUCUGGAAUAAGACACAGGGUAAAGACAAACUUCCUUUUUCGGCAGGACUGGUCAGCUACAUGUGUUCGAAUAGCCCAAAACACGAGACCUUGGAAAAGUCAGAAUCUUCUCUUGACAUUUCUCUUCAGAAAAAAUUAGAGAAUUGGGAACGAGAAAAGGAAAAGGAAAAUUUAGAGUUAGAUGAAUUUUUGUUUUUGGAACAAGCUGCUGAUGAAAUAUCAUUUUCCAGUAAUUCCUCAUUUGUACUGAAGAUCUUAGAGAGAGACCAGCAGAUCUGCAAAGGCCACCGGCUGUCUUCCACCCCUGUCAAAGCUGUGCAGCCGCAGAUGGUGACACUGGAUCCUGUUACUCAAUGUAACCACAAUGAGGCUUCAGGCUGUACUGAACCUGAACAUGAGGGUGAGUGUAAGGUCACACCCAACCAAUCUGAUUCAGUCUCCUCACCUGAAGGGUGUAGGGAACAGUCAUGUAAAGUCAGUAGGAAAGCACUCCAAAUGAGCACUUCUGAAAAUCAGACUCAGUGGAAUGUAAGUGAUGAUGAAGGUGUCACCAACAGUGACAGUAGCACUGACUCUGAGGAGCAACUUGAUGUUACUAUAAAACCAUCAACUGAGGAUAAAGAGAGAGGUUUCAGCAGCAGAGAAGACAGUCCACAAGUUUGUGAUGGUAAGGACCCUUUUAGGGACACUGGGAUUCAAGAAGAAGAUAAAAGGAGAGAUGUUGAUUUAGAUCUGUCUGAUAAGGAUUAUAGUAGUGAUGAGUCUGUCACUAUAGAAAUCUUGAAAAACAAAGUUUCUGAGUCCUCAAGAAGACCCUCAUCCAUAAGUAUGAGUAAAAUUGACUUUGACGAUGAAAGAACUUGGACAGACCUUGAAGAGAAUUCAUUUAAGCAUGAUGCUUUUCUGGGGAAUGACUCCAUUUAUGGGACUCCUCAAACAGCCUACCCUAAGAGUGAAAUAUGUGUGUCGGACAAAACAAUAAAGAGGAAAGUUGCACCGGUCAAGAAGGGAAAGGACUUGAGCAAACCCAGUAGGAGCAUAAGCCCUCCUCCUACAUCGGAUCUCAUGAUGAAGUUCUUCCCUGCUUUGAAACCAAAACCAAAAUCAGAUUCACACUUGGGAAAUGAACCCAAGUUAAACCCAAGUCAAGACCAACCACUUGGUGACAGUGUUCGAUCUCAAGUUUUGAGAGAGAAAGUUAUCGAAUUGGAAACAGAAAUAGAAAAAUUUAAAGCUGAGAACACAUCUUUAGCUAAACUUCGCAUUGAACGGGAAAGUGCCUUGGAAAAACUUAGGAAAGAAAUUACUGACUUUGAACAACAGAAAGCAAAAGAAUUGGCUCGAAUAGAAGAGUUUAAAAAGGAGGAAAUGAGGAAGCUACAAAAGGAACGCAAAGUUUUUGAAAAGUAUACUACAGUUGCAAGAACUUUUCCAGAUAAAAAAGAACGUGAAGAAAUACAGGCUUUGAAACAGCAGAUAGCAGAUUUACAGGAAGAUUUGAAAAGAAAGGAAGCAAAAUGGUCAAGUACACAAGGCCGUCUUAGAAGCCAGAUAGAAAUGUUGGUCAGAGAGAACACAGACCUCAGAGAAGAAAUAAAAGUGAUGGAAAGGUUCCGACUUGAUGCCUGGAAGAAAGCAGAAGCUACUGAGAACAGCAUCAGGAUGGGUCCUUGUGUGGCUGCCACGAAAAGAGACGGGUCCAUGAAUUCAUUUCGGUUACAAAAGAGUCAAAUUUCUUCAGGAACCCAGGUAGAAAAAUGUAAGAAAAAUCAUUUGCCGACACAAGGCAAUCUAUCUCGAAGAUCCAAGCCUGUGCCUCCUCGUGAUUUAGGCAGUUCGGAUAAGGGACAAACUGCCUCACCCAGGGAGCCUCCCGAACCAGUGGACUUCCCAGAUCCUGCAUGUAAAAAGGACAACAAAAAAGAGGAAAAAGAAGAAAUUCAGGGAGAAAUCAGUCAUCCUGAUGGAAAGGUAGAAAAGGUUUACAAGAAUGGGUGCCAUGUUAUAUUGUUUCCAAAUGGAACUCGAAAAGAAGUGAGUGCAGAUGGAAAGACUGUCACUGUCACUUUCUUUAAUGGUGAUGUGAAACAGGUCAUGCCAGAUGAGAGAGUGAUCUAUUACUAUGCAUCUGCCCAGACCACUCACACUACUUAUCCAGAAGGACUAGAAAUCUUACAUUUCUCAAGUGGACAAAUAGAAAAACAUUUCCCAGAUGGGAGAAAAGAAAUCACAUUUCCUGACCAGACUAUCAAAAACCUAUUUCCUGAUGGAGAAGAAGAAAGCAUUUUUCCAGAUGGUACAAUUGUAAGAGUACAAAGAGAUGGCAACAAAAUCAUAGAGUUUAAUAAUGGCCAAAGAGAACUACACACUGCCCAGUUCAAGAGACGGGAAUAUCCAGAUGGCACUGUUAAAACUGUAUAUACAAAUGGUCAUCAAGAAACAAAAUAUACAUCUGGUCGAAUAAGGGUUAAAGACAAGGAUGGUAAUGUUCUAAUGGAUACAAAAUUGUAAUGAUCCUGUGCCUGACUAAUCAUGAAAUAACACUAACUUAUUUUCUUGUUAAAAAAUACAUUUCUUGUGGUUAUUGUGGUUUAAUUUAUAUAUGGUGUGUGUGUGUAUAUAUAUAUAAAUGGAAAAGACUUUGGAUUAUAAAAUAAAAACACCAUAGCUUUUUACAUUCUUUGAAA